UGUUUCCUACACUGAGAGAGCCCGCUGGUGCAGCGCAUCUCUCUCCAGCGUUGCGCUGAGAGACUCAAGCAGGUCGGCAAGAGAAACCGCGAGGAGGGUGAGAGAGGAGAGAGGGGGGAAAAAGGAGCGACGGAGAUGGCGAGUCUAAACAUGGAGCCGACACCGCCGCUUCGGCUUGUGGGGCUGCUGUGGCUCCUUCUAGCCAGCCAAAUCACCACGGUCCGGGGUCUGAACGGCGACGAAGACCAGAGCCAGGACAGCGAGUGCAAGAUGAAGAGCGUCACCGUGUCAGCGCUGCCGUUUCUGAGGGAGAACGACCUGAGCAUCAUGCACAGCCCGUCGGCCUCGGAGCCCAAGCUGCUAUUCUCCGUGAGGAAUGAUUUUCCAGGAGACGUGGUGGUGGUGGACGACCUGGAAAACACCGAGCUCCCUUUCUUCGUCCUAGAGAUCUCUGGGAACUCAGAGGACAUCCCUCUGGUGCGCUGGCGGCAGCAGUGGCUGGAAAAUGGCACACUUCUUUUCCACAUCCACCAUCAGGACGGCAGCGUCAACCUACCCGAACCAACUGAAGACCCGGCCAACGAUUCCACGAAAGAAGAGCUGCGCAUACUCCACAUCUCUGUGAUGGGUGGGAUGAUCGCCCUUCUGCUGUCCGUCCUGUGCCUCGUCCUGAUCCUGUACACCCGCAGGCGCUGGUGUAAGAGACGCCGCAUCCCUCAACCCCAAAAGAGUGCCAGCGCUGAGGCGGCUAAUGAGAUACACUACAUCCCAUCAGUGCUGAUGGGAGGCCAAGCACGGGAAAGUCUAAGGAACUCCAGGGGUCAGGGGCCAAACUCUGGUGGCACCCUCAGUAUCCGGGAGACACCAAUUUUGGACGGGUACGAGUAUGACAUUACAGACCUGCGUCACCAUUUGCAGCGAGAGUGCAUGAACGGCGGGGAGGAAUUUGCCAGUCAAGUCACCCGUACCUUGGACUCCCUUCAGGGCUGCAAUGACAAGAAUAAUAUGGACCUCACACCGGUGAAUGAAAACACCAAGUUGGCCCUGAUGAACAAAUACAAGGACAACAUUAUUGCCACGAGCCCAUUGGACAGCAAUCACCAGCAAAACACCCUGCUACCACACAACACAUCUACCAGCCAACGCAAACGUCUCUCCAGCAACACCAGAGCGGGUUCAACUUUCUUGAACCCAGACGGGGACUCUGGGACGGAGGCAGACAGCGAGCCUCAGCUGGCCUUUUACACUGACCCAAACCGCAGUCGGCGCCGGAGUCGAGGUAUGAGAAAUGGUAACGCCAACAGCGCGUGGGGCUCUGGGGCAGGUUCCCCGCGGAGUCCUAUCAAUAAGACCACCCUGACUCUGAUCAGUGUCAUCAGCUGCGUGAUUGGCCUGGUUUACUCCUCUCACCUCGCCUGCAGCCUCUCAGUCCGAGUAAUCUUACAUGUGCCGGAGCACCUCAUAGCUGACGGUUCGAGGUUCAUUCUCCUCCAGGGGAGCCAGUUGGAUGCUUCAGAUUGGCUCAACCCAGCCCAGAUCUUGUUAUACUACCAGCAGAAUGCCAGUGGACCUUGGGUCAACGAGCUGUGUGGUCGACGCCUACUGGAUCCUUGUGAGCACCAGUGUGACCCAGAGACAGGAGAAUGCUUUUGCCUUGACGGCUACAUGAAGGACCCGGUCCACAAACAUCUUUGCAUCCGCAGUGAGUGGGGGCCCAAUCAGGGUCCCUGGCCUUACACCAUCUUCCAGCGUGGUUUUGAUCUUGUGAUGGGAGAACAACCCUCUGAUCGCAUUUUCAGAUUUACAUACACCCUGGGAGAAGGAAUGUGGCUUCCUCUGAGCAAAAGCUUUGUCAUCCCUCCUGCUGAGCUCGCCAUCAACCCGUCAGCCAAAUGCAAGACAGAUAUGACAGUAAUGGAGGAUGCGGUAGACGUAAGAGAGGAGCUGAUGAUCAGCUCGUCGUUCGACUCUUUGGAGGUCCUCCUGGACUCUUUCGGACCCGUCAGAGAUUGCUCGAAAGACAACGGCGGCUGCAGCCGCAACUUUCGCUGCAUAUCUGACCGAAAGCUCGAUUCCACCGGCUGUGUGUGCCCUCCAGGGCUUAGUCCAAUGAAAGAUGGGACCGGGUGCUAUGACCACCAUAUUGGCAUCGACUGCUCUGACGGCUUCAACGGUGGAUGUGAGCAGCUGUGCCUCCAACAGCUGGCCCCUCUAGAGGAUGACCCAACCCUCUACAACAUCCAGAUGUUCUGUGGGUGCAUCGAGGACUAUAAGCGCGGUCCUGAUGGGAGGUCAUGCUUGCCUCUGUCUGAGUCCUGUAUUGAGGGUGUGGACUGCGGCGAAGCGACAGACAUUCCUGCCAACCAGGCCGUCUUUGGAGACCUCUUCUAUGGUUACAACAACCACACCCAGGAAAGCACCUCUGGUCAGAUACUGAAGGCCACGUUCAGGCAGAAGAACUUUGCCCGAGGCAUUGAGCAGCAGCUCCCAGAUGGCAUGGUGGUGGCAUCGGUGCCAACGGAGGUCCAGUGCCACGAGGAGCUGUCAGACCCUGUGCCUGACCCAGAAUACCUGACGGGUAUGGUGAACUACAGUGAGGUGUCUGGCUAUCCCCUUGUCCAGCAUUGGAGUCUGCGCUCUGUGUUGUACCAUGUCAAACUCAACCAGUGGGUCCUGUCUCAAGCUUUCAGCUCUGCCAUCCAUUCUCUAGACGGGGCGACGCAGAGGAGCGACUUUGUCUCGAUCCUGAGGGAGUUUGGGAACCACUAUGUGCAGGAGGCCGUUUAUGGCUUCCAGGAGUCCUGUACCAUCUGGUACCCCAACAAACAAGUCCAGAGACAGCUGUGGCUGGAGUACCAGGACAUCAGCAAAGGUAACUCCCCUUCAGAGGAGUCCGAGGAGCGGGACAAGGAGCCCAGGACGUUGACUUACCCAGCAUACAUUGCCAGCCUUCUGGACACGGGCGCUAAGCGCAUGGCAGCCGGUGUCAGGAUGGACUGCAACAGCCAGGGCCAGUGCCCACGCUCCUGCCACCUCUGCCACAUGAGUCCCAGGGCGGCACAGGGGCGGCAGCAGUCUGAACCCGUCCUCCUGAAGAUCACCAAAGCUGCUCCCAUCUACGAAUUAGUGUCCAACAACGAGACCUAUCAGGCUCUCCAGGACGCAAUGAUGAGCAUGCUGUGGUGCUCAGGCAAAGGCGACGUUAUUGAUGACUGGUGUCGAUGUGAUUCCAGCGCGUUUGGCACAGAUGGACUGCCCACCUGCGCCCCGCUUCCUCAACCCAUGCUGAAGCUGUCUUACACCUAUGAGCCCAGCAGCUCAUUGGUCAUCAUGGAGUGGAACCACACAGAGCCACCAAUCGGGGUACGCACCGUUGAUUACCUCAUCAGCCAGGAGAAGGUGACAGAGAGGACGGACCACUCUAAACUUGAGACAGAAACCCUCUUGAGCUUUGUGGAUGACAUCCUGUCUGGGGCCAGGUCUCCGUGUGUGAUGCUGGGGGACAUCCCAAACCUGCUGUCUUCAUCCAUCAGUCUGAUCAUUCGCUGCCUGGAACCUGAUGCAACAUACAUGUUCCGUCUGUGGGCUGUAGACAACACAGGACGGCGUUCCAGUCCAAGUGAGGUCACCAUCAAGACUCCGUGUCCGACUGUGGAUGAUGUCAAAGCGCAGGAAAUUGCGGACAAGAUCUACAAUCUGUUCAACGGCUACACAAGCGGGAAAGAGCAGCAGACUGCCUACAACACUCUCAUGGACCUGGGCGCUCCCACACUCCACCGCGUGCUUUACCACUACAACCAGCGCUACGAGAGCUUUGGAGAAUUCACCUGGAGGUGUGAGGAUGAGCUGGGACCGAGGAAGGCGGGCCUCAUCCUCUCCCAGCUGGACGAGCUCUCUCUGUGGUGUAAGGGCCUCCUGCAGGAGCCAAAGAUUGGCCUUCGCCGGAUGUCCCUCAAGUUCCUGUCCUGCCGUUACACCGACACCAAAGCCUUUGGGCUCAACUGGUCCGAGAUGGGCCAGGACGUACACAAGGCCUGUGACGAACAGACACUCACUGUCAUGUACAACGACUACGGAGAGCCCAAAGAGCUCUAGAGGUUUGGUUUCAAAAGGAUCAGCACAGUUUCCUCACAGUUUCUCAAGAAAACACAAAUUUUACAUACAAAAGCUGCUGAGAUUCAUGUCUUAUUUCUAAGUGCUGCACAUUAUUUGAAAUGAAAUCUGGUCCAUUUACCUUUAAUGAUACUCAGAAACAAAGUACUAAUAACAUUAGCUGUCAUUAGCAAUGCUCUGUAGCACCUGCCAGUCCCUGAGCUUUUGGUCAGUCUGUAAACUUUACUUCUUUAUUCUAAUGAAGAGUUAAAAUUAAAGAAAUCUAUUAUGAUUAAAUUAAAGGAAUAGCAACAGAUUCCUCUACAAGUUUGAACUUAGAUAGGUCCACACUGUGAUAUGUGGUUUAUAUUAAAUCCUCCUAAGACAACAGUUUUGAUCCAAAUUAAAGUGUUGCUGUUGGCUAGCACCUACCAAACAAUGAGAUAACUUUUAUUUAUAUUAUGGCAUUCCUUUUAGCUGCAAAACAGACAAGUUCAUUUUUCUUAGAGCUAUCACACUUGAGAAGUUAAUAUAGAGUAGAGUAUUAUACAUAUGCAUCUUAAUACAUUAGGACAUCAUCAAAAAGUUUCUUUAUUUCAGUAAUUCAAUUUGAAAAUUGAAACAAAUGAAUUCGAUGUUCAUUUUUAUGAUUAUAGCUUACAGCUGAUGAAAUUCCCAAAUUUCUUUGCUUAGCAGAUUCGAAAAUGACAUAAGAGCAGUAAAAUCAGAGUGUUAAAAGCAAAAUGUAAAAAUGUGUGUCCAUGUACCAUACAGUGAAAGCAUUCAAUAGUUGGUCAGGUGUGACAUGGAUGCAGUCGGCCUUUGGCUCUGUUUAAAUAAGUCCAGGUUGCUCUAAUGGGCGUCUUUAAAUUGUCCCAUCAUCUUUCUGCUUCUGCUUGGCAUUGCUUCAUCAUCCGCUUGUUGUUACCCCCGUUGUUUUCUUCACUUUUAAUCACCAUAUUUUUUUCAUCCACUCAUUACGCCAAUAAUAUGGCCUCUUGUAUGCAUCAGUAUGUCUGAUGCUGUCCUGAUUUGUUGCUGUAUCCAGCAGCUUCUUGCUGGGUUAUUUUCAAGUCAGCAGUUUUCCCUGUUAUUAUGUAAGACACAAUAUAACUUUUUUAAAAUGAAAUAAUAGUUCGAUUUUCCCGUCUUCAGAUUUCAUUAGCUUUAAAGCUGCAGCAUGUAACUUUUAUGAAAAAUGUGCUUUGUAUAUGUUUGUUAAAACUGUCACUAUGUUGUGACAGUAUAAGACAGGUAAUCUGUGGUUGUACUGCUAUCUGCAGAAAUGCACCGCUCGGUCAGAAACAACCAAUCAGAGCCAGGAGGAGGAGGGUCUUAGUGCUGUCAAUCACUCUGAUGUACAUGCAGCUUUUGUAAAAGUUAGAUAUUGCCGCUUCAAGCUAUGAAACUAAUCAAAAUUAUUGGAAAUAAAUACUUAAAAUAUCUUUGCAUUUGUGUAAUAGGUGCAUAAUUAGGCAUUUUAAUGACGACUUAAUCCACUGAGGUGCAUCAGUAUUUCUGAUACUGUCCUGAUUUGUCGCUGGGCAGAAUUUUCUUUCUUUGGUGGGCCUCUGUAUUGAACUAUGCUGGUAGAAAGGUAAACAAAGUAAAUGGAAGAAGUGUGAAGCUAUUUUAGAGAUUAAAAAAAAGGUUUACACUGUACAUAACAUUAUCAUGAAGUUUUAGCAACAACAUAUAUAUAACCUGAAUGUAGUGUUGAUACUUAUUUACCGUUGUAAACUAUUUGUUUGAAAUAACUCAAACCCAAGCCGUGUUGACUUACUUCAGUAAUAACUUUAAAAAAAAUUCACACUGUAUUUUCUUAAUCCUUUUAAUGUUCAAACAUCAAUUUUAACCAGCAGUAAAACUACACUGAAGCUUUUCUUUGACUUCGUUUCUCAUUUUAAUAAUACGUCUGAGGGCCAUGUCGAUGAUUGAUGUCAGAAAAAGAUUUUUUUUUUCUUUUUAACAAAUCUAAUGUGUGAAUACUAAAAUAAAUGCCUGUAGAUUUUUGUAUAGAUAGUAAUACAUAAUUACAUCACGAUUUAAUCUUUUACUCCUGUAUAUACAAUAUUCUCAUUGUGAUAUUUUACGGCAUUGAUGUGUGCUUUAGUCGAUAUCUUAACGAACCUACAUAUAAGCUGUGUAUUGUAGUUUUUGCAAGAUUAAUGCACUGAUUUUGUCCCUGUGAGUGAUAUGAUUGUAGUUUGGGAACACUGACUUUUGGAGCAGUUUGGGGUGAAAUUAAGGACUAUUAAAAGAAAAUAAAAAACAUCAGAAAUCUGUUUUUAUCUUUGAAAAUGUUUCUGAUCUGCAUGAAAUCCUGUUUAUAAUAUGUGUCCCAUAGUGAGUUUUCAUGUUGACCUUUGCUACUUUAAGCAAAAAAACACUUACCAAUGAAGUUUUUCACAGCACUAAUGGUUUGUCUAUCAAAUCUUUAAUUUGUGCUCUGCAGAUAUUCCUGCUCCUGUUUAACUGUCAGCUUUCUGUGACAGAAUUGAGACUGGUGUUGCUAAUUGUUGUUGCAGUUCUGAUCUCAGUGCUCAGACUGCAGCUCAAAUGUUUCAUUGAAAUAAAAUAACCCCUGAAAAAUGCG